AUGAGGCACUCUACCAGAGUCCCGUACGAUCCCGGUGUCACCAGUCCAGCAAACCAGGUCGAAGCCAUGGCCACAGGCAAUGACUUAUUCAAGCUCUACCGCUAUGACCCAUCUUUAGCAGCCGCCAUUCUUUUCAUCAUUCUGUUUCUCCUCAUCACUGCAUGGCAUUCAUUCAUAUUACUCCGUACAAAGACAUGGUUUUUCAUUCCCUUUGUGCUUGGAGGGUUCUGUCAAUGGAUAGGCUACGUCGGGAGAGCGGUUUCAAGCGUCCAAAGCCCAAACUGGACGGUGAAGCCGUACAUCAUCCAGACAUUGUUGCCAUUGGUGGCUCCGGCGCUGUACGCAGCCAGUAUUUAUAUGAUUCUGGGGCGCAUCAUCAUGAUAACCCAAGGAGAGCAUCAUUCAAUAAUCCGGAGGAAAUGGCUCACAAAGCUUUUCGUCUUGGGUGACGUGAUCUCAUUCAUCCUACAGGCUGCCGGUGGCGGUAUCAUGGCCAGCGGCACGAAAGAAUCUCUCGAAUUGGGCGAGCACAUUGUCAUUGGUGGUUUGGUGGUACAAGUUCUCUUCUUUUCACUAUUCGCCAGCACCGCCGCCGUUUUUCACGUUCGAAUGCGCAAGUUACCGACGACCAGAGUUCUAUCGACAAUUAUUCCAUGGGAAGCGUUCCUAGCGGUUCUUUACCUUGCCUCGGCACUCAUUAUGAUUCGAUCCAUCUUCCGCUUGGUUGAGUACGCUCAAGGGAACGACGGCUAUCUGGUUUCUCAUGAGGUGUACCUGUACGUCUUCGACUCCGUCCUGAUGUUCGCUACAAUGUGUUUGUUUGCUUGGAAGCAUCCGAAUGCAAUCAACAGAUGGGCGAAGGAUGAACACGGAUCCGAUUUUGAGCUACCUUGA